GUUUUCACGGCAGCCGUAAAAGAAGGCGGGCAAUUGGCGUUGAACGACAGAAUCAGUUCCUUUGCGAUUGAUCAAAUCAGGGAGGCUGCGGAGCUGCUGAAAACUGUUUUCUAAUUUUUCAUUCAUUCACUUCCUCGACUGAGUACUUCAGUAAGACCCGGAGAGCGGAACGCCUGAGGGAAUCACGCCCAUCGCAGAGCUGCGCAUGCUCCGUCUCCAAGCACGGGGAUCCGGUUGCCAGGAUCGGUGGAGCCUGCUGCCUGAGGCUCGGCCUCUGGGGCUUGCUGGUGGCGGCUGUCCAGGGAGGUGAGGCGGCUGGUGGGCAGGUGCUCUGAUGCCGAAGUACUAUGAGCUUUCAAAACUUCUGGAGAGACUACAAAGUCCUGGUUGUUAUGGUACCUUUAGUUGGACUCAUACAUUUGGGGUGGCACAGAAUCAAAAGCAGCCCCGUUUUCCAAAUACCUAAUAAGGACAACGUUCCCAAGCCAGAUAGUCUGGUGCUUGCAAGUCCUCAGAAGGACCACGUCCAAGGGAAAUAGCAGCUUUACAUUCUUCAGAAAGAAGCAGUUUUGAAUCUGAGCUUGAUAUUGAAAGAAGAAAUGAAAAACACAAAUUGGAUUAGAAAGAACUGGCUUCUUGUAACUGGGGUUUCUUUCAUAGGUGUCCACCUUGUAACAUACUUUGUGCAGAGGGCUGCAAAAUGGUCUGUAAAAUCUCAGUCUGGAGGCAAACAAAAAAGUAUUGAAGAAUGAAGUAAAAUAAAUAUUUGGAAUUACUAAUAUGUCAUUAAAUCAUUACAUACUGAUUAGUUUCGUAAGCAUGGAACUAUUUAAUUUUAUAGCCAUAAUACUGCAUAUUCAGGCUUUCAUUCCUGAAGAAUACUUUUUUGAAGUAUUAAAACCCAUGACUGCACAAUAAAUAGAAAACUAUGGUUAACAAAAUAAAAGCUGUCUUCACAAAUUACCACCUGAAAUAAGAUGUCUCGUUUAGAAGCUAAAAAGCCAUCGUUGUGUAAAAGUGAGCCACUGACAAGUGAGAGAGUCAGGGCCACACUUUCUGUCUUGAAAGGAAUCGUAACAUCGUGCUAUGGCCCUUCAGGUAGGCUGAAACAGCUGCACAAUGGCCUUGGAGGCUCUGUGUGUACAACCUCACAAUCGUCAGCCCUGCUUGCUAACCUUUCUGUCACCCACCCCAUUUUAAAGAUCCUGACAACUUCCGUGCAGAAUCACGUGUCGUGCUUCAGUGAUUGUGGCUUAGUCACAGCCAUUCUUUGCUGCAACCUGAUUGAAAAUGUUCAGAGAACAGGCUUGACACCCAGCACUGUCAUUAAAUUAAAUAAGCAUCUUUUGAGCCUCUGCACCACUUACCUCAGGUCCGAGGACUGUGGUUGUCGAAUCCCAGUCGACUUUGAUAAUACUCAGAUCCUCCUCUGUCUGGUACGCAGUGUAUUAACAAGUAAACCCGCCUGUAUGCUCACCAGAAAGGAAACAGACCAUGUCAGUACUCUGAUUCUGAAAGCCUUUUUGCUCACAAUUCCAGAAAACACCGAAGACCACAUCAUUUUAGGAAAGAGUAUAAUCGUACCUUUAAAGGAUCAAAGAGUUAUAGAUUCUACUGUAUUACCUGGAAUACUUAUUCAAAUGUCAGAAGUUCGGUUGAUGAAGAUACUACCUAUCAAAAAAUCAGAUUCCCUCAAGGUGGCGCUCUUUCAUGCAUCUUUAUCUGGAGACCUUUCUGAUGCUGGAGAAGGAACUGUGGUGGUCAAUUAUGGGGUUUCCCUUGAAAAUGCAGUCCUGGACCAGUUGCUUAACCUAGGAAGGCAGCUAGUUAGUGAUCACGUAGAUCUUGUCAUGUGCCAAAAAGUUAUACAUCCGUCUUUGAAACAGUUUCUCAGUAUGCAUCGUGUUAUUGCCAUAGACAGAAUUGGAGUGGCUCUGAUGGAACCCCUGAGUAAAGUGACAGGAACACAGCCUAUCGGUUCCCUUGGCUCAAUCUCUCCGAGUAGUUAUGGAAGCGUGAAAGAUUUGCGCACUGCAAAAUUUGGCUUCAAAAGUUUUUUUCAUCUUAUUCCUAAUGAAGUAACUAUCUGCAGCUUGCUUCUCGGCAACAGAAAUGACACUGCCUGGGAUGAGUUGAAGCUCACAUGUCAAACAGCACUACAUGUUUUGCAGUUAACAAUCAAGGAACCAUGUGUCUUGUUGGGAGGUGGCUGCACUGAAACUCACUUGGCAGCAUAUAUUAGACACAAGACUUUUAAUGAACGAGGAAGCAUUGCCAAAGAUGGUGGAUAUACCCAAACAGAACUUCAGCUAAUUACUGAAGCAUUUUGCACUGCACUAGAAUCUCUCGCUGGCUCUUUAGAACAUGAUGGAGGUGAAAUUCUCACUGACAUGAAGUAUGGGCACUUUUGGUCAGUUCAGCCAGAUUCUCCCUCUGUUGUUAACUGGCCAGAUUUGCUUUCAAGAUGUGGCUGUGGACUACACAAUAGCCAGGAAGAACUAAACUGGUCUUUCUUAAGGAGUACUCGGCAUCCUUUUGCACCACAAACCUGCCUUCCACAUGAAACUCUGGGCUCAGCCAACAAUCUGACCUUGGACUGUUUCACUGCUAAACUUAGUGGCCUACAGGUGGCUGUGGAGACUGCCAAUUUGAUUUUAGAUCUUUCGUAUGUCAUUGAAGAUAAAAACUGAUGUAAGAGAAUGGCGUGUUUAUGUUACCAAAAAAAAAAAAAUUACAGCUAGUCAGGUUUCAAUUAAGAAAAAAAUUGAGUAUAUUUGUUCUCUCCCAAAGGCCUGUUCUGCAUAUUUGGAUAGAUGAUUCACAAAAUUAUAGAUUUGCUUAAAUUAUGUAAGGAAAAAAGUUAUAAUUCUUGAAUAAAAAUACCAUAGAAUAAUAAAAAUAUGAAGCAUUAUUAAUGAUAUCAUAGUUAUCUUAGAGAUUCCACAGAUCUGUAUGUUGUUCUAAAUUGUUAUUAUUUAACAUUAUUCUAAGAACAUACAGAAAUUUUUUUAAAUAUCCUAUUCCAUGCUUUAGUUUAUAAAUACUUAUUAUAUUUUUAGUACUACUUACAUAUGUUUAAAGUAUAAAAUUAGAUUCCAAAGUAUCACAAACAUCCCACACAUAUUGCUCAAUCAAAAGAAGUGUAAACUGCACAUUUGGUAAAGUUUCAGUGCUCUUUAUCUGAAACUAUCCAGUGUUUUGGUAAUUGGUCUAGAACCUGGUCUACCUGCAAUUGCUAGUUUGCUAUUUCUUCAUCUGUGUUAUUUUAAGGAAAUAUGUGAUUAGGAAAAAAUAGGUUUAUGUAAUAACUAAGAAGCAUAGAGAAAAGAAGUAUAGAAGUGAUUUCUCAAGUUCCAUCAGAGUAGUGUGAAAACAAAACUAGAACAGCUCUCAUAAUCAAAGUAGAGACACUGAUGUUUCAUCAAGGAAUGUAAUUUGAAUUUUAUGUAAAUGCAAAGCGUAGGGAUAAAUUGAAGAAGAAAUGCAGAAUGCAGUUAAAGGAAUACGUGUGGAACUGUAAUAGAUGCUAUAUUAACCUUUAGGGAAACGUUUUGUAAAUUUUUGGAAAAUUAAGCAACCUGAGAGUCAGUGAUCAGAUCUGUAGCCAUGAUAGAGAGAGAGAAUUUUUAAGCAGUUUCCUCCAAUAGAGGAAUUUUUACCCUGAGCCAAAGAAAAAAUUGCAGUACAAACUCACAAUAAUACAAUAUAUAUUGAAAAAUCAGCUACACCGCAAACUUCAUAAAAUAUUUCUCUAAAAUUUUAUUUCUUUUCUUAUUAGAGUCAAAGAGAAGGGCCGUGUGGUAGGCAGCCUCCAAGAUGGCCCCCAGGGACUCCGCCUCCUGGUUUUUAGGCCCUUGCAUAAUCUUCUCUCCUUGGAUAUGGGCUGGACGUAGUGACUCCUUUGAAUCUCCAUUUCCCCACUUUGUGAAUAGGAACAUCUUAUUGUGGUUAUCUUUGGCGGAUCCAUCAGUGUAUUACCGUUCCUCAGGGUCCAUUGGGAGUAAAGACAAUGAUUCAUCUCAUUAACUUCAUGGGUCUUCAGAUGGGGAGGAACUGUGCUCUAGGAGGUAUAUUUAGAGAAUUAUACCUGAGGAGCUUCACCCACACUGAGCUGAUUUCAGUGAUGAGAUUCUGGACUUGGAGCUAAUGUUACAAUGCAAUGAGACUUUUGGGAAUCUGGAGAGGGUAUGAGUAUAUUUUGCAUGUAAUUUUGUAUGUAGCCUAUAAGAUCUAACAAUCCUACCUCCUGGUAGUCCACCCUUUGGGUACAGGUGGGACCUAAUGACUAGCUUUUAGUGAGUAGAAUAUAGCAGAAGUGAUGGGACAUCACUCCAACGUUAGAUUGUAAAAAGAUGGGCUUCUCUCUUGAUCUCGCACCUGUUCACUCUGAUGGAGGCCAGCUGCCAGGUUGGGAACUGCCCUGUGGAGAGGCCCACAUAUAACAAGGGACUAAGGGACGCUUCUAGCCAACAGCCAAUAUGGACCUGAGUCUUAUCACAGACUGAAUUUAGAAGCAGAUCCUCUCUCAUAGAACUUCAAGAUGAAUGUAGCCCCUGCCACUGCAGCCACCCGAGAGGCCCUGAAGCAGAGGGUCUAGAUAAGCCCCUCCUGAUUUGAUUCCUGACCCACAAAAUCUGUGAAAUUAUAAAUUUUAAGUUAAGUUUUGGGUGUAAUUCAUUAAGCAGCAAUCGACACUUAAUAAAGGUAGGAAUAAAAGCUUAUUUGUAAUUACAUACUGGAAACUUGGUCACACAGUGAAAAAAAGCAUUCUUGAUGUCAAGCUUUUGCGUUUUCACCAUCACUCCAAACAUAAAGUCAGUGUUCUUCAUCACACAUGUUUACAGAGAGGGUUUUACAUUCACUUAAGAAAGCAUGUCACAUGAGAAGAUGGAAAUUGUCCUAGGUCACCUUGGCCCUCUAUUGUAUUUCCAAGUUGCUCCAAGAAGAGAUGCUACACUGAACCUCUCAAAUUGAUGUUAUAUGUUAAGGGUCUCUACUUCUCAUGUUAUAGCCACUUUUAGCUCUGUCAUUUUUUAGCUUCACCAUAAAAUUCAGUUACAUCCUUUGGUGGAACAUCAGUGCUGUCAUUUUGAGUGUGUCGUAAAUUUGUAGAAAUUUUUAAUAAAUUUGUGUUUCCUAAAGUUGUGUACAAUCCUUACCAGAAAAUACUGUAAAUAAGAAAAAAAGCACUUCCUUUAUAGUUCAAGAAAAUCAUUGUUCAAACUCAGAUGGUAAAAUAUGAGGUGAAAAACAUUGAUGAAAACAAUUUCAGAGGAGCCCAUUUUGACAGAAAUAAAUGGUAAGAAAAUACAACUAUAUUAAGCCUCAGGCAAUGUUUUGUGACUUAAAGUGAGAUUAAGAUCUGAAUAUUGCAUUAUGAGGUUCCUCCGGUGAGAACAGAAAAUCCUGAUAGCUACAAAAUAAGUCAAAGGAAAAUAAUGCAGAAGAGAAUAAAGUCAGUGACAGUUGCUCAUUACUUUUGUGUGACUCACAGGACAUGUUGCAUUAAAGUUUGUUGAACCAUAGGAGUCCAGCAGGAUUAGAAUCCUAAUAAUCGAAAGAGGUCAGGAUUUUGGCAGCACAGAAAAAAUUGGAGAACUAAGCAAAGUAAGAGAGCCUUUUAAGUCAAAAUACUUAUUUUGUUUUAUAAAUACCCCGAUUCCUUAAUUCUUCCAUUUGUACUAUAUUGGAGAAUCUCUGUUAGACUUUUUAAAUCAACCAUUAGAGUGAAGCAUUUUCCACAGGAUAUUUGAAUUACAUAUUAUUAGUAUCUUUUAUUACCAUAGGCAUCCCUGAACUCAUUUAGUUUAUAUAAUCAAAGCUAUUUAAGCAUUCACAUGAUAUAAGAGAAAUUUUAAGUACCUCUAUGAGAUCUAUCAUAUACUGUAUUGUUGCAUUGUUGAAUUGUUCUUCAGAUAACUUAAACCAGUAUUGUUGCCGUCACAUAAAUUUUGCAGGUUAUUAUUUAAGAUUAUCAAGAACAAAAAUCACUCUCAUAACCAAUGCAGGUCCUGUCAAAACAUUCAAUUAGUUAGGUUAUUCCUUUCCGAUAAUCUUUGGGGAAUAAUCAAGGAGACUAAACAUCUCUUACAGAGCCCUGUUUCAGCUGUCUAAAUAAAUCUAUCUCUUAAUCUAAAGGAAAAGGCAAGUUUGAAAAUCUAAUAUCUUUAUAAUUUUUUUUUCAUGUAGUUAAGUUUUUCUACUUAGUAACUAUGGUAUCCCAUAAUUCUUGGAAAUUUUUGCCAAAAUUUGAAUUUAGAAGCAUCUGACCCAAAGUUAGCCUGCAUUUUUGGAUUACAAAUAGACUUAUUUGCUUCUUUUUUAUUAAGAAUGUAGUAAUACUCAUACAGAAGAAUGCAAUCCCUGAAAACAAUCCCUGUAUGUAGAUCAAGCCUCUUGUUGGAGAGAUAAUUAGUAGACUAGGUACACUAAAAGCAGUGGAAUACUUAGUACCUGUAAUAAACUGUGACUUAAGAGGGAAAUAAAACAAUUUGACAAUCUCUUACUAAAAAUUCACACUGAGGAAAUAGUUAUAAUAAACAUCUGAUUUUAGCCCUAUA